CGAUGAUUGAGUCCAUUAAGCACCGAUUGGGGCGGAUUUAUUCCGGGUCAAUUUUUGGCAGAUUCCAAAGGGGUUCCAUCACAGAUUUCGGGCGAUUUAUCCGAAAUGCCAUUUUCUUUCGAUUAUGGAGGCAACAGAUCAUGGAAUCAGGCCGAGGCUAUUCUCCACCGAUAAUGAAGUCUAUUGAUCCCAUUCUCCACGGAUGAUAAGUCUGUUAAGCAUCGAUUUGGGCCAAUAUAUUUUCGGAUGGCAUUUUCGUAAUUUUUUGGGCGACGAAAGGCCAUUUUCUUUGGAUAUUGAAGUCUACAGAUCACGGAUUCGGCCUGAGGCUAUUCUCCAACGAUGAUUAGGUCCAUUAAGCCCCGAUUUGGGCAGAUUUAUUCCAGUCAAUUUUUGGCAGAUUCCAAAGGGGUACCAUCACAGAUUUCGGGCGAUUUAUCCGAACUGCCAUUUUCUUUCGAUUCUGGAGGCUACAGUUCACAGAAUCAGGCCGAGGCUAUUCUCCACCGAUAAUGAAGUCUAUUGAUCCUAUUCACCACGGAUGAUAAGUGCGUUAAGCAUCGAUUUGAGCCAAUUUAUUUUCGGAUGGCAUUUUCGUAAUUUCUUGGGCGACCAAAGGCCAUUUUCUUUGGAUAUUGAAGGCUACAGAUCACGGAUUCGGCCUGAGGCUAUUCUCCAACAAUGAUUGAGUCCAUUAAGCACCGAUUUGGGCGGAUUUAUUCCGGGUCAAUUUUUGGCAGAUUCCAAAGGGAUACCAUCAAAGAUUUCGGGCGAUUUAUUCGAAAUGCUAUUUUCUUUCGAUUCUAGAGGCUACAGAUCACAGAAUCAGGCCAAGUCUAUUCACCACCGAUAAUGAAGUCUAUUGAUCCUAUUCACCACGGAUGAUAAGUGCGUUAAGCAUCGAUUUGGGCCAAUUUAUUUUCGGAUGGCAUUUUCGUAAUUUCUUGGGCGAUGAAAGGCCAUUUUCUUUGGAUAUUGAAGGCUACAGAUCACGGAUUCGGCCUGAGGCUAUUCUCCAACAAUGAUUGAGUCCAUUAAGCACCGAUUUGGGCGGAUUUAUUCCGGGUCAAUUUUUGGCAGAUUCCAAAGGGGUACCAUCACAGAUUUCGGGCGAUUUAUCCGAAAUGCCAUUUUCUUUCGAUUCUGGAGGCUAUAGAUCACAGAAUAAGGAAGAGGCUAUUCUUCACCGAUAAUGAAGUCUAUUGAUCUUAUUCUCCACGGAUGAUAAGUCCGUGAAGCAUCGAUUUGGGCCAGGUUAUUUUCGGAUGGCAUUUUUGUAAUUUCUUGGGCGACGAAAGACCAUUUUCUUUGGAUAUAAAAGGCUACAGAUCACGGAUUCGGCCUGAGGCUAUUCUCCAAUGAUGAUUGAGUCCAUUAAGCAACGAUUUGGGCGGAUUUAUUACGGGUCAAUUUUUGCCAGAUUCCAAAGUGGUACCAUCACAGAUUUCGGGCGAUUUAUUCGAAAUGCCAUUUUCUUUCGAUUCUGGAGGCUACAGAUCACGGAAUCAGGCCGAGGCUAUUCUCCAGCGAUAAUGAAGUCUAUUGAUCCUAUACUCCACGGAUGAUAAGUCCGUUACGCAUCGAUUUGGGCCAAUAUAUUUUCGGAUGGCAUUUUCGUAAUUUCUAGGGCGACGAAAGGCCAUUUUCUUUGGAUAUUGAAGUCUACAGAUCACGGAUUCGGGCUGAGGCUAUUCUCCAACGAUGAUUGAGUCCAUUAAGCACCGAUUUGGGGGGAUUUGUUCCGGGUCUAUUUUUUGCAGAUUCCAAAGGGGUACCAUCACAGAUUUCGGGCGAUUUAUCCGAAAUGCCAUUUUCUUUCGAUUCUGGAGGCUACAGAUCACGGAAUCAGGACGAGGCUAUUCUCCACCGAUAAUGAAGUCUAUUGAUCCUAUUCACCACGGAUGAUAAGUGCGUUAACCAUCGAUUUGGGCCAAUUUAUUUUCGGAUGGCAUUUUCGUAAUUUCUUGGGCGACGAAAGGCCAUUUUCUUUGUAUAUUGAAGGCUACAGAUCACGGAUAUGACCUGGGGCUAUUCUACAACAAUGAUUGAGUCCAUUAUGGACCGAUUUGGGGCGAUUUGUUCUGGGUCUAUUUUUGGCAGAUUCAUAGGGGUACCAUCACAGAUUUCGGGCGAUUUAUCCGAAAUGCCAUUUUCUUUCGAUUCUGGAGGCUACAGAUCACGGAAUCAGGCCGUGGCUAUUCUCCACUGAUAAUGAAGUCUAUUGAUCCUAUUCUCCACGGAUGAUAAGUCCGUUAAGCAUCGAUUUGGGCCAAUUUAUUUUCGGAUGGCAUUUUCGUAAUUUCUUGGGCGACGAAAGGCCAUUUUCUUUGUAUAUUGAAGGCUACAGAUCACGGAUAUGACCUGGGGCUAUUCUACAACAAUGAUUGAGUCCAUUAUGCACCGAUUUGGGGCGAUUUGUUCUCGGUCUAUUUUUGGCAGAUUCAUAGGGGUACCAUCACUGAUUUCGGGCGAUUUAUCCGAAAUGCCAUUUUCUUUCGAUUCUGGAGGCUACAGAUCACGGAAUCAGGCCGUGGCUAUUCUGCACUGAUAAUGAAGUCUAUUGAUCCUAUUCUCCACGGAUGAUAAGUCCGUUAAGCAUCGAUUUGGGCCAACAUAUUUUCGGAUGGCAUUUUCGUAAUUUCUAGGGCGACGAAAGGCCAUUUUCUUUGGAUAUUGAAGUCUACAGAUCACGGAUUCGGCCUGAGGCUAUUCUCCAACGAUGAUUGAGUCCAUUAACCACCGAUUUGGGCAGAUUUAUUCCGGGUCAAUUUUUGGCAGAUUCCAAAGGGGUACCAUCACAGAUUUCGGGCGAUGUAUCCGAAAUGCCAUUUUCUUUCGAUUCUGGACGCUACAGAUCACGGAAUAAGGAAGAGGCUAUUCUCCACCGAUAAUGAAGUUUAUUGAUCCUAUUCUCCACGGAUGAUAAGUCCGUUAAGCAUCGAUUUGGGCCAAUUUAUUUUCGGAUGGCAUUUUCGUAAUUUCUUGGGCGACGAAAAGCCAUUUUCAUUGGAUAUUAAAGGCUACAGAUCACGGAUUCGGCCUAAGGCUAUUCUCCAACGAUGAUUGAGUCCAUUCAUCACCGAUUUGGGCGGAUUUAUUCCGGGUCAAUUUUUGGCAGAUUCCAAAGGGGUACCAUCACAGAUUUCAGGCGAUUUAUCCGAAAUGCCAUUUUCUUUCGAUUCUGGAGGAUACAGAUCACGGAAUCAGGAAGAGGCUAUUCUCCACCGAUAAUGAAGUCUAUUGACCCUAUUCUCCACAGAUGAUAAGUCCGUUAAGCAUCGAUUUGGGCCAAUUUAUUUUCGGAUGGCAUUUUUGUAAUUUCUUUGGCGAUUAAAAGCCAUUUUCUUUGGAUAUGGAAGGUUACAGAUCACGGAUUCGAUCUAAGGCUAUUUUCCAACGAUGAUUGAGUCCAUUAAGCACCGAUUUGGGCGGAUUUAAUCCGGGUUAAUUUUUGGCAGAUUCCAAAGGGGUACCAUCACAGAUUUCGGGCGAUUUAUCCGAAAUGCCAUUAUCUUUCGAUUCUGGAGGCUACAGAUCACGGAAUAAGGAAGAGACUAUUCU